GAUGGCUUCGGAAGGAGUGGAUUACUUUGAGACAUUUGUAUAGAAAUAUUUCGAUAACCUUUCGAAAUGUUACGAUAAUUCAAGAAUUUUCAAAUAUGAUAGAUGAAUAUUAAAAAGUCGGGAUAUUUUGAUAUCUUUUUAGUAAAAUUGUAAUAACAAGAAUGGGGGAUUUAAUAGGCUCUGCAAGUUUUCUUCAUAUUGGAGACAUUGUCUCCUUAUAUGCUGAAGGAGGAGUCUGUGGUUUUCUGAGUACUCUUGGACUUGUUGACGAUAGAUGUGUUGUACAACCUAAUGCUGGAGAUCUUGCUACUCCUCCAAAAAAAUUCAGAGACUGUCUAUUUAAAAUGUGUCCAAUGAAUAGAUAUUCAGCUCAAAAACAAUUCUGGAAUGCUGCAAAGCAAAAUACUGCUGCUGAUAGUGACACAGCAUUAGUGAAAAAGUUGUUGCAUGCAGCAGAAUUAGAAAAAAAGCAAAAUGAAUCUGAAAAUAAGAAGUUGAUUGGCACUGUAAUUCAGUAUGGCGGAGUAAUUCAGCUUCUUCAUCUGAAAAGCAAUAAAUAUUUAACUGUAAAUAAACGAUUACCUGCCUUGCUGGAAAAGAAUGCAAUGAGAGUAUGUUUAGAUUCUGCAGGAAAUGAAGGUUCAUGGUUUUACAUAGUGCCUUUUUAUAAAUUAAGAUCUACUGGAGAUAAUGUAGUAGUUGGUGAUAAAGUUGUAUUAACUCCUGUGAAUGCUAGUCAACCUCUGCAUGCUAGUAGUUAUGAACUUCCUGAUAAUCCUGGUUGUAAAGAGGUGAAUGCUGUGAAUUCUAAUACAAGUUGGAAAAUAUCACUAUUUAUGGAAUAUAAAGAAAAUAUGGAUGAUGUUUUAAAAGGAGGGGACGUUGUACGAUUGUUUCAUGCAGAACAAGAAAAAUUUCUCACUAUGGAUGAAUAUAAAAAAAAGCAGUAUGUUUUUCUUCGUUCUACUGGGAGAACUACAGCAGCUGCUGCUACAAGUUCUAAGGCAUUAUGGGAAGUUGAGGUUGUUCAGCAUGAUCCAUGUAGAGGAGGUGCAGGUCAUUGGAAUAGUCUCUUCCGUUUCAAGCAUUUGGCAACUGGGCAAUAUCUUGCAGCUGAAGUUGAUGAUGACCCAUCAUUUGAUCAAAUGAGGGCAAAAUUGAGAGGACCAUCUGGAAAUCCUGUGUAUCUUUUAGUUUCUGUUCCUCAUUCAAAUGAUAUUGCAUCUAUUUUUGAACUUGAUGCUACUACUCUUACUAGAGGAGAUGAUUUGGUUCCUCAAUCAUCGUAUGUUAGAUUACGUCAUCUAUGUACAAAUACUUGGGUUCAUAGUACCACAAUUCCAAUAGAUAAAGAAGAAGAAAAACCUGUUAUGUCAAAGGUUGGAUGUGCACCUAUUAAAGAAGAUAAAGAAGCAUUUGCAAUUAACCCUGUCCCUGCAAGUGAAGUUCGUGAUUUGGAUUUUGCAAAUGAUGCUUGUAAAGUACUAGUAACUAUUGCUGGAAAAUUAGAAAAAGGUUCAAUUACACAAAAUGAAAGAAGAUUUGUGACACAAUUAGCACAUGAACUCAUUUAUUUUAUUGCUAAUAAAGAAAAUGAGCCAAAGAAACCAGAACCUUUAGAUUUAGUAGUUUCUCAUCCAAAUCGUGAAAGACAAAAAUUGCUUCGUGAACAAAAUAUUUUAAAGCAGCUAUUUAAAAUUCUUCAAGCACCAUUUACAGAUUGUGGAGAUGGUGCUAUGUUGAGAAUGGAAGAACUAAAUGACCCAAGACAUGCAGCAUUCAAAUAUAUAUUUCGUCUUUGUUAUAGAAUAUUAAGACUCUCACAACAAGAUUACAGGAAGAAUCAGGAAUACAUAGCAAAAUGGUUUGGAUUUAUGCAAAAACAAAUUGGUUAUGAUGUUCUUGCUGAAGAUACGAUAACUGCACUGUUACAUAGUAACAGAAAAUUAUUGGAACAACAUAUUACUGCAGCUGAAAUUGAAACAUUUGUUAGUUUAGUAAGAAAAAAUAGAGAAAUAUUUCUUGUAACCAGAAUGGUUCGUACUCAAUUAGAAGAAGAAGUAGAAAUAGAAGGAACUGGAGGACAAAUAGAACCUAUGAUUACUAUUGAAGAAGAGGAAGAUGUUUUUUUAUUUUGGGAUAAUGGAAUGAAAGGUAAAAGUAUUAGAGAACUUGCUGCUGGUAGUCUUGAAGAUAAUAAAGAAGAUAAAAACAUUUUGGAAUAUUAUAGGCAUCAACUGGAUCUUUUCUCUGGAAUGUGUUUGGAUAGACAAUAUCUUGCUAUAAAUAAUCUCUCUCCUCAUCUUGAUAUUGACCUUAUACAAAAAUGUAUGGCUGACGAAACCUUACCUUUUGAUCUGCGUGCUGCAUUCUGCCGUUUAAUGUUACAUAUGCAUGUAGAUAGAGAUCCACAAGAACAAAUAACACCAGUGAAGUAUGCUCGACUUUGGUCGGAUAUUCCAAGUAAAUUAUCCAUUCAAGACUAUGAUUCCAAUAAACAUCCAGAUCCAAACAAAGAAGCAGUUAGACGAAAAUUUACUCCAACUAUUACUUUUGUAGAAGAUUACCUUUGUAAUGUUGUGGGUCACAUGUGGUCUUUUGCUGACCAUGAACAAAAUAAACUAACUUAUGAGGUGGUGAAACUUGCUCGAGAAUUGAUCUAUUUUGGUUUUUAUAGUUUUAGUGAUCUUCUAAGACUUACUAAAACAUUAUUAAGCAUAUUGGAUUGUGUACCAGAAUCAAGCUUUUUAAAUGGAAAAAUGUCAGCAGGAGAAUUGGAUGCUGCCUCAAAAGAUAUGAAUGAAAGAAAAGAAGAAGAACCUGAUAAGGCUAAAGCUCAUGGCGGUGUAUUAACAUCCAUUGGAAACAUGGGUGCAGUUAUGACUAAUAUGGUAUUAGGUACAGCAGGUAUGACAAAACAAGUUGCUGCAACCAUACAAAAAAAAGCUUCUAUAACUGGUGCUGAAGAUACAUUAGUAAUGGAUACAAAAUUAAAAAUUAUUGAAAUAUUGCAAUUCAUUUUGAAUGUGCGUUUAGAUUAUCGUAUCACGGGACUCCUGUCAAUUUUUAAGAGAGAAUUUGAUGAAAGUCAUGACAAAAGUGGAAGUGAUGAUGCAUUAACAAUUGGAGAUAGAGCUGAAACUAUUCUGGAAGAUUAUUCUGACAUAGAUCUUGAUGGUCAAGGUGGUCGUACAUUUUUACGUGUUCUUCUUCAUUUAACUAUGCAUGAUUAUCCAGCUUUAGUAUCUGGAGCUCUUCAGUUACUGUUUAGACAUUUUAGCCAAAGACAAGAAGUACUUCAAGCAUUCAAACAAGUACAAUUAUUGGUUUCAGCCAGUGAUGUUGAAAAUUAUAAACAAAUAAAAAGUGAUUUAGAUGAAUUACGUUUAUUAGUGGAAAAAUCAGAGUUAUGGGUAUUUAAGUCAAAAUCAGAGGAGAGUGGAAAAAAGAAAAAGAAAAAAGCAGAUGAUGAAGGUGAUGGAGAACUGGAUGAUAAAAAAGCAAUUAAAGAAAAGAAACCAAAAAAGAAAAGUAGCCUGGUAAUCUUUCAUGUACAAUUAUUGGUUUCAGCCAGUGAUGUUGAAAAUUAUAAACAAAUAAAAAGUGAUUUAGAUGAAUUACGUUUAUUAGUGGAAAAAUCAGAGUUAUGGGUAUUUAAGUCAAAAUCAGAGGAGAGUGGAAAAAAGAAAAAGAAAAAAGCAGAUGAUGAAGGUGAUGGAGAACUGGAUGAUAAAAAAGCAAUUAAAGAAAAGAAACCAAAAAAGAAAAGUAGCCUGGAUUUAGGUCCUGCUGCGAGUGAAGGAUCUGCCAUUGAUUUGGAUAUAGGCCCUCCUAUUGAUGCAACACAAAGUAAAAAUUACAAAACUAUUCAACAGAUUCUUUUACGUCUCAUUAAUCUUUGUGUUCAAGAUAGCCCAGGAUCAGGAAAAAAGCCAAGGAAACAUGAACAGCGUCUUUUACGAAAUAUGGGAGCACAUACUGUGGUUUUAGAACUAUUACAAAUACCAUAUGAUAAAAAAGAAGAUAACCGAAUGAAUGAAUUAAUGAGAUUGGCUCAUGAGUUUCUUCAACAUUUUUGUUUGGGCAAUCAUGCAAAUCAAUCCUUGUUGCAUAAACAUAUUGAUCUUUUUUUAAAUCCAGGUUUAUUAGAAGCUCAAACAAUGAGAAGUAUUUUUUCAAACAAUGUUGCUUUAUGUAAUGAAAUCAAUGAAAGAGUUGUUCAGCAUUUUGUUCAUUGCAUUGAAACACAUGGCCGUCAUGUUCAGUACUUAAGGUUUCUACAGACAAUAGUCAAAGCAGAAAAUCAGUAUAUUCGCAAGUGUCAAGAUAUGGUUAUGCAAGAAAUGGUUAAUUCUGGUGAAGAUGUUUUGGUAUUUUAUAAUGAUAAAGCAUCUUUUAAUCAUCUUGUGGAAAUGAUGAGAUCAGAAAGGCAAAGAAUGGAUGAAGCUGGACAGUUACAAUAUCAUAUAAAUUUAGUAAAGCUUCUCGCAUGUUGUACUGAAGGAAAAAAUGUUUUUACAGAAAUUAAAUGUCAUUCUUUACUUUCUUUGGAUGAUAUAGUCAGGGUUGUGACCCAUCCAGAUUGCUUACCUGAGGUAAAGGAAGCAUAUAUUAAUUUUUUAAGUCAUUGUUUUAUUGAUACUGAAGUAGAAAUGAAAGAAAUAUAUACAAGUAAUCACAUUUGGACAUUAUUUGAUAAUUUCCUUGUGGAUAUGGCAAUGGUAUGUAGUUCUUUACUUGAUCGCCGUCAUGCUGAUGUUCAACUUGAAGAAUAUAUUACAACUUCUGUCAUGAAUAUUAUCACAACCUUCUUCAAUUCACCAUUUUCAGAUCAGAGUACAACUGUUCAGACUCAUCAGCCAGUAUUUGUAAGACUUCUACAAGGAACUUUCCGUUUAUCCAACUGCUCCUGGUUAAGUUUACAACAAAGGAUGAAUGUUGAAAAUUGUAUAAAGUCUUUAUCAGAUAUAGCCAAAAAUAGAGGUAUUGCUAUACCAGUUGAUUUAGAUACACAAGUUACAACGAUGUUUAGUAAAAAUGCUUUAAUUAAGCAUUCAGCUGCUCGAACAUGGUUAACAGCUGCUCGUACCCCUCGUAGAGAACCUUCUUUAUCAAAUGUAUUUCAAAAUGACCGUAGCAUUAUUGAAGGAUUACAGGAUAUUGUGUCUCUUUUAGAAGAUCAACUUCAUCCUCUUGUACAGUCAGAAUUAUCUGUUUUGGUUGAUGUCCUUCACAGACCUGAAUUGUUAUUUCCACCUGGAACAGAAGCAAGAAAAAAAUGUGAAAAUGGUGGAUUUAUUUCAAAACUAAUUCAUCACACAAGAAGGUUACUUGAAGAAAAGGAGGAAAAACUAUGUAUUAAAGUCUUGCAGACUUUGAAAGAAAUGAUGUCUUUAGAUCCAGAUUAUAGAGAAAAGAUGGAUCCCAAGAUAUUAACCAAGAAGGAAAUAGAUGAUCAAUGGAGGGGUGAAGCAUUACGACAGACAUUACUGACUAGAUAUUUUGGAAAAAGUCAUACAAAGCGUGAUGCAUCAUCCACAAUGAAUAAACAAAAUCCUACAAAUAAUUCAGUUCCUAGUAGCAAUAUUACCCAUGGCCCGGGAGGAGUAAUGUUAAGCCGAGCCCAAAUGACUUUAGCAGAAGUUCAAUGUCAUUUAGAUCAUGAAGGUGCAUCGAAUUUAGUAGUAGAAUUAAUUAUGAAGAAUCCAAAUCACGCAAUAUUUUUAGAAAGUGUUGAACUGGGAAAAGCUCUUUUGGAAGGUGGAAAUCCUGUUAUUCAGAAAUCUAUGUAUAUGAAAUUAACAUCAGGCAAUAUAUCUGAAAAAUUUUUUAAAGUAUUUUAUGAUAAAAUGAAAAUUGCUCAACAAGAAAUUAAAUCAACAGUUACAGUAAACACAGCAGAUAUUGCAGCACAUGCUGGAGAAGAAAAGGAUAGUUUAGGAAAGGAUAAUAGCAAAGAUGGAAGAAAACUUAAAGUAUUGAAGCAGAAUGGUGUAGUUAUUACUGAAGAAUUAAAAGAACAAUUAGAAGAUGCUGCUUUAGCCACAAAUAAAGCAUAUGCUCAUUUACGUAAUCUUGGUUCCACAUCACCAUCACAACCUUCAGAUAUGGAUAUUUUAACUAUUAGUCAAGUUUCUCAGUCAUGUAAUGCAUUAGAAGAGAUAUUAGCUGAAAAAGCAGAAAAAAGUAAAGAUGCUGAAGAAAAUAAGCUGGCACCAGAUAUUGAAAUAAUGCAACCAAUUCUUCGGUUCUUGCAAUUACUUUGUGAAAAUCAUAAUAAUAAUCUUCAGAAUUUUUUGAGGCAUCAGAAUAAUAAAACAAAUUACAAUCUUGUAUCCGAAACAUUAAUGUUCCUUGACUGUAUUUGCGGAAGCACUACUGGAGGUUUAGGCUUAUUGGGAUUAUAUAUAAAUGAAAAUAAUGUAAACUUAGUAAAUCAAACAUUAGAAACACUAACUGAAUAUUGUCAAGGACCUUGCCAUGAGAAUCAAAAUUGUAUUGCAGCUCAUGAAAGUAAUGGUAUUGAUAUAAUCAUUGCAUUAAUUUUAAAUGAUAUUAAUCCACUUGGGAAAAAAAGAAUGGAUUUAGUAUUGGAAUUAAAAAAUAAUGCUUCCAAACUUUUAUUGGCUAUAAUGGAAAGCAGAGCUGAUAGUGAAAAUGCAGAGAGAAUAUUGUAUAAUAUGAGUCCAAAACAACUGUUAGAUGUUGCUUGUAUGGCAUAUCAUCAGGAAGGUGAUGACGAUGAAGAUGAUGAAAGCGAAGAAAUGAUUGAAGGUGACGAUGGUGUUUCGUCAAAAGAAGUUGGUCAUAAUAUUUACAUAUUAUGUCAUCAGUUAGCUCAGCAUAACAAAGAACUGGCAUCUUUACUUAAAAUAAAUCAUAAUGAUCCAGAUUCAAAAAUGAAUCAAGCACUUCAAUAUUAUGCUAGUCACACAGUUCAGAUUGAGAUUGUUCGUCAUGAUCGUACAAUGGAACAAAUUGUUUUUCCAGUGCCACAGAUAUGUGAGUUUUUAACUAGAGAAUCUAAAAUGAAAGUUUAUUUUACAGCAGAGAGAGACGAGCAAGGAAGUAAGGUUUCAGAUUUCUUUGAAAGAACAGAAGAUUUAUUUAGUGAAAUGAAGUGGCAGAAAAAAUUAAGAGGUCAACCGUUACUUUAUUGGGUUAGUCGUCACAUGUCCAUGUGGAGCACUAUUGCAUUUAAUUUUGCAGUUUUAAUAAAUGUAAUCGUUGCAUUUUUCUAUCCUUUCAAUGAAGUUAAAGAUUUGGAUUCUCGAAUUUCUGGACUCUUAUGGACUGUAAUGCUUGUAUCUUUUGCUACAAUAAUUACUCUUCCACGAACUACUGGCAUUCGUGUCUUUGUUACAUCUGUUAUAUUUCGUAUGAUAUAUUCUAUGGGCUUACAGCCAUCACUAUGGGUUUUAGGAACAGUAAAUCUAAUAAUUACCUCUGUACAUUUAGUCAGCAUCAUGGGAAAUCAUGGAACUUUUACAAAAAGUUUUCGACAAAUAUUAACAGAUUUUGAAUUGUUAUAUCACAUUGGUUACUUGAUUGUAUGCGUUUCAGGUCUUUGUAUGCAUCCGUUUUUUUACAGUGUACUUCUUUUAGAUGUAGUCUAUCAAGAAGAAACUUUAAAAAAUGUAAUCAAAUCAGUUACUCGAAAUGGACGAUCCAUUAUUUUAACUGCAAUUCUUGCACUCAUUUUGGUGUAUUUGUUCUCCAUAAUUGGUUAUCUUUUCUUCCGUGAUGAUUUUCUUAUGGAAGUUGAUGUUAGAGAGUCAUCUAAUCCAAAUCUUCCAGAAGUAAUUGCUGCUGAGAGUGCAAUGGCCAGUUCUGAUAAAAUGAUUAACGAAAUGAGAAAAUUUAGUUCUGAAGGUAAUGUAGAUAAUCAGCAUUGUACUGCAGACAAUGGAAUAAAUUGUUCUGAACAGAAAUCAUUUCAAGAAACCAUUCAAAGUGUACAAAAUAAAACUACCAAAAAUAGUUUAGAAUUAGACACCAAUAAUGAAAGUUUGAUAGUAAGUGAUAUGAAAUCAGAUGAUGAUGGUGGUGGUGAAGAUAAGGAAAGAGCAUGUGAUUCUCUCAUAAUGUGUAUUGUAACUACAUUGAAUCAAGGGCUUAGAAAUGGUGGAGGGAUAGGAGAUGUAUUAAGAGCUCCUAGUGCAAAGGAACCUUUAUUUGCAGCAAGAAAAAAUAAGCAGAAAAUUGGAUACAGACACACAAUACAAGUAUUCACAAUCUUGAUAAAGCAUUCAUUCUCAUUCCUUGAAUUAGACACCAAUAAUGAAAGUUUGAUAGUAAGUGAUAUGAAAUCAGAUGAUGAUGGUGGUGGUGAAGAUAAGGAAAGAGCAUGUGAUUCUCUCAUAAUGUGUAUUGUAACUACAUUGAAUCAAGGGCUUAGAAAUGGUGGAGGGAUAGGAGAUGUAUUAAGAGCUCCUAGUGCAAAGGAACCUUUAUUUGCAGCAAGAGUGAUAUAUGAUAUGCUGUUUUUUUUCAUUGUUAUUAUUAUCAUCUUAAAUCUUAUUUUUGGUGUCAUAAUUGAUACUUUUGCUGAUCUUAGAAGUGAAAAACAGCAAAAAGAAGAGAUAUUAAAAAAUUCAUGUUUUAUUUGUGGUUUGGAAAGAUCUUCAUUUGAUAAUAAAAGUGUUUCAUUUGAGGAACAUAUUCAUUGUGAACAUAACAUGUGGCAUUAUUUAUAUUUUGUUGUCCUAGUAAAAGUCAAGGAUCCAACUGAAUUUACUGGUCCUGAAAGCUAUGUUGCAACAAUGAUUGCAGAUAGGAAUUUGGAUUGGUUUCCUCGCAUGAGAGCAAUGUCUCUUGCAGCUAAUGAAACUGAUUCUGAACAAAAUGAAACAAGGACAAUGAUGAAUCAGUUAAUUAACACUCAAAAGUUAGUUCACACUCUUUCUCAACAGUUAGCUGAACUAAGAGACCAAAUGACAGAGCAAAGGAAACAAAAACAACGAUUAGGUUUACUUAGUGCUCCAGUUGGCUUUCAACCUGCUAUAUCUAGCUAAUAUAUUUCAAAUAUUUAUUUAUUUGUCUUAAUCUAUUAGUACUUUAUAAAUUAAACAUUUUUUCAGUACUGACAUUGAUAAAAAAAAAUUCAUUCAGUAGUACUGGAAAAUUCAUAGUUUUAUAGAGAAAGAUUUUCAUAAUUUUUAUAUUUGAAAUCAAAUUGGUUCCAUUUAAACUCUAUCAUAUUUUCUAUAAAAUUUUUAUUGUUUAUUAUAAACAAUAAAAUAUUGGAAAUUUUAUAAAUAUUUAAUAUAUAUAAAUAAGAGAUUUUAGUUAACUUUAGUUCCUUUUUAUAACUUCUUUAUUCUUUAUAUAAUUAGCUAGUUAAUACUAUUAUUUUUUACCAUAAAUCAUAUAUAUAUACAUAUAAAUUUAUUAUAAGAUGACCACAUAUUUUUAAACAUCAGCAGUAUGCAAGUAUAUACAAUUUUGUAUACAAUGUAUAUUGCAUUUCACAAAAAUUACAUAUUGUAUGCAAUUCUAUGUGCAGUUUUCUCUACAAUAAUAAUAUACAGACUAACACUUCUACAAAAUUUUAUAACUUGAUAUUGCUUUAUUAUUGAAAAAUAUGAGAGUAUAUAAUGAUUGCUGCCAGCAUAAUUGACGUUUAUUGUUGGCUACUUUAAAUUUUGCAGUGAAUAGAUUCAGAAAUUUCUGUGCUGAAAAUACUAUUUUGCAAGAAUUUCAGUUUUGAAAAUGUAUAUAAAUAUAAUAUAGUUUAAGCUACAUAUUCACAGGGGUUAUACUCUACAAAAUUGUCACAAAUAUGGAAAAUACGAAUACAGAACAGAGUAAUGCUUUGAAAAAUAAGGUUAGGAGAUUGAAAAAAUAUGUGAUCAAAAAAUAAAAGCGUUUUUAUAUGAAGGAAUAUGCUGCUAUAUUUCUAAUACAGUACUUAUUUUUUCUUAAUGUUUCUUAUGGUAGAUUCAUUUAUGAUGAGAGUGUAAACAACCAUAGCCAGUUUUCCUUCCAACAAAUAAUCUAGCACUUUAAUUUUAUUUUUGAGGAACAUUUUUCUUGUCCUUUUUGAUAAAAUACUAAACUAUUAGAAUCUUCUAUUGACAUAUUGUUGAUUUGUGAGGACAAUAGAAAACAUUAAAAUCUGCAAGUAAUAAUGCUGACAUUCACACAUAAAACAUUGUGUUUACUGCCCACAUAAGUGCAUGUGCUAAACUGAUGUGAGAAAUCAUGAACAGUAUCAACUAGCCCAGUGUUAGUCAAUGAAUUGCAAAUGUGACUUAUUUUUGUUUAUCAUUUAUUCUAUCAUUUUUCUUCCAUCUGUAAAUAAGUGAAUUUUGGUUUUAUGAAUAUAAAAAAAGGCCAUGAAAUGUGCAAAUAAAGAAUGCAUGGAUAUGGAGCUGCUGCUGUAAUCUAAUAAUAAAAAUAUCUACAAAGACAAAAAUAAUUUAUUUGCUUUCAAAAAUUCUUUUUAAUAUAAUUAAUUUUUGAAAUUUCCACCACUACAUUUUUUAAAUAUUUAAUGUAAACAUAACUAUAUUUUUAUAUAAUUUUUCUUUCAAUUUUUCAUAUUUAUUUCUUUGUAUUUCUUACUUUAAAAUUAAUUUUACAUUUGAGCAUUUUUGCCUACAAAAUAGAUUACAUCAGUAAUAUGUAUAUUGAAUCUAUACUAUUACACAUUGUAUUAGUUAAUAAAAUUUUAUUCAAAAUAUUAAUUUAAUAUGUCUGAUAAGCUAUAUUUAUAAAAUAAAUUCUAAAGAAAGAACAUUUGUUUCUGAGAAAGCAAACCAAGGUUUUUAAUUUAAGUAGAAGUGGUGUAAAAAUAAUUUUCCAUUAAGAUGGAUAAAAAUUCAUAAAGUAAGCAAUAUAAAAAAAUUUUAAUUUAUUUUUAGAAAUAAAUUUAAUCAGAUUUAAUAGCUAUAUUAUUAUUAAAAACAAAAUUGAAAAAGUAUUCUCUUAAAUACUAACAAAAUAUUAAAAAGAAAUUAAACUUUUUAAGAACUAUUUCUCACUCAUAGCUACAAAGUAGCUUACAAUAUUAGUGCCUUAGAAAUAAUAAUAUAUUAGAAAUUUUUGUAUAUAAUGUGUGUAUACUACGUAUAUAGCAGUAUCAUGAAUAAAAUUUAUGUUAAAUUAAUCAAAAUUGGCAUUUUUAUAUAUUUAAAAUAUCUAAAAACUAGUUUUCUUCAGUAAUAAUAAAUAAAAGUACAUUAAUAUGACAAUAAUUAAUUUUAUGAGGUUUUGCAUUAUUUAUAAAUUUAAUUUAUGUCAUCUUUCAAAUAUGUAUAAAAUAAAGGGCUUGUAUCUAAAUAGACCACAGUCAAAUCUCUCUUAAAAUCAAAGAAUAUAUAUUGUAAUUUUUGUGACAAUUGAACUAUUAUCUUGCUGAUCAAAUUGGUAUUUUUAUUAUGUAGCAGUAAUUUUAGAAAUAGAAGUUAAAUGUUCUUAUGUAUAAAAAAGUCUUUCAAGAAUUUAAUUUAAAAAAUUAUUUGUUAAUAAAAAUGCAAUUUAUUAAAUGAUCUCUAUAUUAUGAAAAUAAUGCAAGAAAAUUUGAUAAUUUUCAAAUUUAAGUUAAGGACUUUGUUUUUUCCUUUUAUUAGUUACAAAAUACAGUUGCAAAUCAGCAAUUUCUGCAGUAUAAAUAGAUAAAUUAACUUAUAAAGAUAGUCACUUAUACAAAAGUUUCAUAAGAUAUUAAUCCAAAAAAUUAUAUUUUUAUAUAUAUUAAUUUUAUUCUCAUUUUCAGCUAUGCAUGUGUUAUUUUAUAUUUAUUAUGAUUUAUAUUGAUAUUCCUGUUUUUCAGCAUUUAAUUGUUUUUAAAUUAGAAUAAAAUAUUAAAUUCUUUUUACCCAGUAUUAGUUUCUUUAUCCAUAAUUUGAAUUUUUCUAUUAAAUUUCAGUUCAGAUUUUGGAUGUUCUUAUUAACAUUAUUAUUGCAAUGAAAUUAAUAUUUGUAUUUUUUUUACCAAUUUUCCUAUUUACUAUUUGUAAUUUAAUGCAGGACUAUUUGUAUUUUUUUACCAAUUUUCCUAUUUACUAUUUGUAAUUUAAUGCAGGAAUAACUGUAUACAGUACUUUGAAAAUUACUGUUUUUGAAAUCAUUCUAUAGGAACAGCACUAAAUGACAGCGUAAUAACCAAGAAAAUAGAGUUGAUUGCCUUAUUAGAUGUCUUCAUUCUAAUAUCGAUUUGUAACUUUGUAUAUAGAACAGGUUUAUUAUAUAUCAUGUAAGCAAACAUCACAAGCUUGAAAUAGGAAUUGUUCAAGUUACUAUUAAAAUAUUGUUAUUAGUUUGUAUAUUAUUUAAACCAGUAUACAAAAGAAGAAUAAUUGAAAUAAAAUGCAAAUGAAAAUAGACAUUUGUUCUUCUGGGCAGUAAGCAAGGUAAGCAAAGCAACAGAGCACCAGUAAGUGAUAGCACCCUUCUAUGUUCAAAAAAUUGAGAAAGGGCACUAGAGUGUAUUUUAAAUGACUCUUCCUGGGAGUGCUCAAACACCUAGUGUUGUCCCCGUUGGUCACGAAUAAAUUUUUCACAUAAAAUAAUUUGGCACCAUCUCUUGCACUAACAAUUUUUCAUUAUAAAAUUAAAUGUAUUUUUUAACUUUUAAAUACAGUUUGAUAAAAAUUAAAUAUAUUUUUUUAAUUAUUACAUCAUAUAUGUUAAAACAAGUUUAAUUACUUUGUGACCAGACAAGUUAUAGAAAUCUACCAUUUUAUACAUAGAGCAUAAAUGUUUAAAUCACACAAGAGAAUAUUUUUAUACAACACUUAAAAUAUAAAUGCUUCUAUUUAGUUUUAUAUUAUUAUAUAAAAAUAAACCUUAAAAUAGAAAAUCAUUACAUCAUAAUACCUGUAAAAACAAGUAUUUGUAUAUUUUUAAAUGUUCCCAAAAUUAAAAUGUUUUUAUAAAAAGCAAAAGAAUUAAUAAU